UCAGAAUGUGGAUGGGGAAAUGAUGAAUCGUCUUUUAUGAGAAGAUUUCAUCGACGACGUACAGGUACUCAUAAAUGCGCCUCACGACUUGAUAUGAUCCCAUGUGAUCUAAAAUAUCCAGCAUCAUAUAAAUAUUGGCAAAAUUUACUGAAGACGAUAUUAAAUAAAUUCAAUUUCACAAACGAUUAUCGUCCUUGUCCAGGCAUGUUCAAUAAUUCUAUCGGUGAUUAUGGCAUAUCACCACAAACUCCAAUUCUGGCACCAAAAAUUAAAAAUAUCAAUCAAUUUGAUAAAGAAUUUAUGCUUCGCCCAAAAGAUUUCAUUAUGCUUUGUCCGAUUUGCAUGAUUAGUAGCAGAUUUUCUUCGUAA